AAGGAAAAAAAAAAGGAAGAAAAAAGGAGACCCUGGUAACAAACAACUCCAUAAAACCAAGAAAGAAAGAAGUCCAAAACUCGAUGAAAGCAAAGUAAAUGCCAGCCUCGGUUAUGGAAGGCCAUGUCGGAGAAUUAUCGCCAGCAUCUUUCUCCACACUACUCCUCACUAUCUUAUCAUUUAUUCCAUUCCCUCUUCUUCUUCACGCCUCUCUCACUCGCCUCUUUAAACUCACUUCGUUACUUUCUCUUCCUUGAUUUGAUUUCCUUCCAAACCUUGCAAAAUUUUUUUGGGUGCAAUGUACGGCGCAGAUCGCUGCUUGUUCGUUGACUCGAUCAGGGCUUCACAACAGUUGAAUCCUGAUGGGCCAUUUUUAUUCGGUGGCUUGUUUCUCAACGACCAAACACUGCCUUCCUCGGUCGUUUCAUUCAUUUCAAUAAAGACCCACAAAUGUUUGGCUAAUAAAAAUGACAAUUUGUGUUUGGUUUCGUGUUUUUUGGGUGAUGGGAAGAGUAGUAAAACGUUGCGUUCUGUGAAGUCGAGGAGAGGUGGUGCCAAAGGGGGUUGGUUUUUGUCGGUGAGUUUGUCGAGGGAGGAAGGGUAUGUUGGAGAAUCAGGAGAAAAUUGGGGGCAAAAUGGGUGUAAGAAUCUGGAAGAAGAGGAAGUGGUGGAAGAGGAGAAAGAGAAGGUUAGAGUGAAGAAGGAAUCAGGUGCUUUGAAUACCACUAAACAUCUGUGGGCUGGUGCUGUUGCUGCUAUGGUUUCAAGGACUUUCAUUGCUCCCCUAGAGAGAUUGAAGUUGGAGUACCUAGUUCGUGGUGAAACAAAAAACCUUAUUGAACUAAUUAAAUCGAUUGCAGCCAUAGAAGGGUUGAAGGGUUUUUGGAAAGGGAAUUUUAUCAAUAUUCUUCGCACUGCUCCUUUUAAGGCUAUCAAUUUCUAUGCUUAUGAUACUUAUAGAAGUCAACUGUUGAAAUUAUCUGGAAAAAAGGAAGCCACGAAUUUUCAGAGGUUUCUUGCUGGUGCUGCAGCUGGGAUUACUGCUGCUUUGCUUUGCUUACCAAUGGACACUAUAAGGACUGUAAUGGUAGCACCUGGCGGGGAAGCGUUGGGUGGUUUGAUUGGUGCUUCUUGUCACAUGAUUCAGACUGAAGGCUUCUUUUCUCUUUACAAGGGACUUGUGCCCUCAAUUAUAAGCAUGGCACCUUCAGGUGCAGUCUUCUAUGGUGUCUAUGAUAUAUUGAAGUCAGGCUAUCUUCAUUCAUCUGAAGGAAGAAAAAGAGUACAAGACAUGAAACAAGGUGAUCAGGAACUGAAUGCACUUGAACAAUUAGAGUUGGGUCCUAUUAGAACAUUACUAUACGGGGCAAUUGCCGGCGCAUGUUCUGAAGCUGCUACAUAUCCAUUUGAAGUUGUGAGGAGGCAUCUUCAAAUGCAAGUCCGUGCGACAAAGUUAAGUGCACUGGCAACGUGUGUCAAGAUAGUUGAGCAAGGUGGAAUUUCUGCUCUUUAUGCAGGAUUACUUCCUCGCUUACUGCAGGUCUUACCAUCAGCUGCUAUAAGCUACUUUGUUUACGAGUUCAUGAAGAUAGUUCUAAAGGUGGAGCCGGCAUAGACAUUUUAUUUGCUUGACUAAAACAUCCGAGGGAACUAUUGGGAUUGAUCAGGCUAACGGUGGAGUUUUAUUUCAUGAAAUAAAAAAAUUCUGAAGUCAACUUCAAAGUUACCUUUACCAUUUUACAAAACAAUAGAUGGACAAUAGCCAUUCUUGUUUCUAGUAGUUAUUUGUAAAAUUCAAUUGACUUGACAUGAUUUUGUUCACACUUACUCCUAUUUUGAGUUCAAUCACUUUGGAUUAUUACGAAAAUAACUUUUAUUUGUAAAACCUACUUUUAGAUCACAUGGUAUAAGAACAUGCCUUCAAACAUGUUGGCUACAGCGAAUACAUAAGAGAGAAUCAUGUGUGUAUGUCCAUGCAAAUUCCCCAAAUUGAUAUUUCUACAUCUCUUUACUGCAAGAGUGAACCACAAGAAACCUGAAUCGAAAAUAUAAGAUUCAUAGCUCCAAAAGGCUAACGAGGGAACAGGCAGAUAACAUGGGAAUUCGUACAAAUAACUUAAUACCAUGAUGAAUUAUAUAAAACUAUCCACUCAGCCAUCUCUUCAAAAGCUAAUUUCUAUUUUAUUUUUAUUCCACCGAAUCGAAGCUUUUCUUUGAGGAAGAAGAUCUCCUUUCUUUUUCUGUUUUGGAGAGGGCUAGUCUUGUCAUAAGGGCAUCCAGGUCUCUUCCUGCCAGCGGGAGUUCUCUUGCAUCCCCUACAUCUACUUCCAUACCUUCUACUUGGAAUCUAGUUUCAGUACCAUAUGGGUCAAGGUCGGAUCGGGCAGGCU